AUGCUAGCAUUUUCUAAAGGCGUCGUUUCUCGUCUGCAACGUCUCGCCGUCGAUUCACCCUCGUCGCUCCGAUCUCUUAGUUCCGAUGCAGCGAUUCAGACUCGGAUUAUUGACCCCAAACCUGGUGUGAUGACCCCUAAUUCCAAGCGAACUGGGCUUAUAGCAGUAAAGUGUGGAAUGAGCGCGCUUUGGGAUAAAUGGGGUGCUAGAAUUCCAAUAAGUGUGCUUUGGGUUGAUGAUAACAUUGUGUCUCAGGUUAAGACCCCAGAGAAAGAAGGUUUUUGUUCUCUCCAGAUUGGUUGUGGACAUAAGAAGGAUAAACAUCUGACCAAGCCUGAAGUGGGUCAUUUUAGGGCUCAAGGAGUUCCACUGAAGAGGAAGCUCAAGGAGUUUCCAGUCACAGAGGAUGCACUACUUCCUGUUGGAACAUCACUUAAUGUUCGCCAUUUUGUUCCUGGACAGUAUGUUGAUAUUACGGGAAUAACCAAAGGGAAAGGUUUUCAGGGUGCGAUGAAGCGGCAUGGAUUUAAGGGAAUGCCAGCAUCCCAUGGUGCUUCAUUGUCCCAUCGAAGCCUUGGUUCUACAGGUCAUAUUACUGGUCCUGGAAAGGUUUUUAAAGGUAAAAAGAUGCCUGGACGAAUGGGUGGAGAUCAAAGAACAGUUAAAAAUGUAUGGGUCUACAAAAUUGACCCAGCAAGAAAUUUGAUGUGGGUGAAAGGACAGGUCCCAGGAGCUACAGGGAACUUUGUUUUUAUAAAAGAUGCUGUCUAUGAAAAACCUGACAUAUCUCUGCUUCCUUUCCCCACCUACUUUGUCCCAGAAGAUGAAGAUAUCAAUAAUUUGAAACCAUUGGUGGCUGAACUUGGAGACGUGGAUCCGUUUAUGGUUACUGAUUGA